CCACCCUGGACAUCAUGAGUUACUUUCUAUCUUACUGUAAAGCUCAUGGCGGUGCACUGCUCACCGGCUACCAGGCCCUGCGCGCGGAGGGCUUCCUGUGCGAUGUGACGCUGGAGGCCGAGGGCAGCGAGUUCCCGGCCCAUAGGUCGCUUCUCGCGUGUUCCAGCGACUACUUCAGGGCCCUGUUCAAGAGCCACACCCGGGAAUCCAGGGCGCGCGUGAUCCACCUGCACGUGCCGUCGGCGGCUGGCCUGCAGCGCCUGCUGGACUUCAUCUACACCGCCUGGCUGCCGCUCUCCAUGGACACGGUGGAGGACACGCUCGAGGCCGCCAGCUAUCUGCAAGUCACCGAAGCAUUGGGGCUGUGCGGUCGCUACCUGGAGCGCCAGCUGGCUCCAGAGAAUUCUUGCUUCGCCGCCAACGUGGCUGCGCGCUUCGGCCUGGCGCACACGUUAGGCGAGGCCGAGCGCUGCAUCGUGCGCCACCUGCGGGAGCUGCUGGUGCGGGGCGCGGGCCCCGCGGGGCUGCUGGAACUGAACCCCACGUCGCUGAAGGCUGUGUUGGGUGCCCCCGACGUGGCGCGGGUGCCUGAGACCUGGCUGCUGGGUCUGGCGUUGGCCUGGCUGCGGCAGGAGCCUGAGGCCGAACGCCUGGCCUACUGCUCCUCGCUGCUUGAGCGCGUUCGCUUCGGCCUAGUACCUGCAGACGUGCUGCGGCGCGUGUACUCGCGCUCUGGCCUCGUGCUGCCCGCCCGGGUUAAGGGCCUCAUUAUCCAAGCCCUCAACUACCACACUGCGCCCUCCCGCCAGCCGCUCGUGCAGGGCGAGCAGACCAGCGUCCGGAGCCCCCAAACUCGCAUCUUGUUGGUCGGAGGGCGCAGGGCGCGGGAGGCGGUGACCGAGGAGGUCGCGGCCCCACCGCCGGUAGCCAGGGGCAGGGGCGCCAUGGCGGAGCCCGAGGAGGAGGAGGGGGAGGAGGAGGAAGGUGAGUUGGAAGAGGAGGAGGAGGAUUGGGAGCUCACCCAAGACGUGGUGGCCUUCGACGUGUACAACCACCGCUGGCGCAGUCUCACGCGGCUGCCUGCACCGCUACUGGGGCACAGCGUGUGCACCGCAGGCAAUUUCCUGUUCGUCCUGGGCGGGGAGAGCCCUUCGGACGGCGCUUCCUCACCCCUGGCAGGCGGACAGCGGGCCGUCACGGCCCAAGUGCACCGUUAUGACCCGCGCUUCCACGCUUGGACGGCGGUGCCCGCUAUGCGAGAAGCGCGGGCCCACUUCUGGUGCGGCGCGGUGGGCGAGGCGCUCCUGGCCGUCGGGGGUCUGGGCGCCGACGGCGAGGCGCUGGCGUCGGUAGAGAUGUACGACCUUCGCCGGGACCGCUGGACGGCUGCCGGGGCGCUGCCGCGGGCGUUGUAUGGCCACGCGGGGGCCAUCGGGGACCGCGGCAUCGUGUACAUCUCUGGGGGUAAGGCGGGGAGAGGCGAGGGCAGCUCGAGCAGCCUCCGGGACAUGUACACCCUGGGCCCUGGGGAGCGACCGUGGAGCAAGAGGGCGCCCAUGAGCACUGCCCGCUUCGGGCACCACAUGGCUGUGCUGCGAGGCGCGGUGUUCGCCUUUCUGGGGCGCUAUGAGCCCUUCUCUGAGAUAGAACGCUACGAGCCCGGCACGGACCAGUGGACUCGACUGCGGCCGCUACCUUAUGAUCGCUUCUGCUAUGGGCUGGCCGUUGUGGAGGAGACGGCGCUGCUGCUGGGCGGCCUCAAGUGGCGGGAUUCGCGGCAGGUGUCUACCCGCAACGUGGUGGGCUACGACCUCGACCUGGACCGCUGGGAGGACAUUGGCUGCGCGCUACCCUGGGCCUGGAACGGCCUCCAGUGUGCAGUGCUGCAGCUGGCUGAGAGUGGGGAUGAGGAGAGGGAGGGAGUGUUCGGAGAAACGCCAGAUUUAAUGCUGGGCUUAAUGGGUUAGUGCAGUCUCCGGGAGACAGGAGAGAAAAAGUCGCGCUUGAGCAGGUUUACAGAGUAAUACGUGGGCUUUUCCUAAGAAUGGGACUCUGGGAGCAGGGCGGCUUCUGAAGUUUAAAUAUGCAAACAAGGGCUUGGCCCAACAGGAACAUUUCCCCUUAAGCUGAGAAUGGGAGACAGGAUGAGUCAAAACAGAAGGAUAUAUGAAUCGGCUUCAGUGAGCUGGAAGUCUAGGAAGACUCACGCUGGACUAGAGAUGGACUUUUGCAAAGAAGAUAUGACCCUGUUUUCCCUCUUAAAGUGUUUCCUUAGGUGCUAGACUGAUUACUUGUGCCAAACAAGGCCAAAAAUGUACAAGAAAUUAUAUACAAAACCUCGAAAAUUGUUAGCUAUAAAAGCUGUAAUAAAUAGUACGAAAAUAUGGCAUUAUCUGAAUAAAUAGUGAAGGGAAAGUGCCUUCAUUAAAUAGCAUGAAAUCACUGUAAGGAGAGCUAUGAUUUUAUGAUCCAGAACCAUGUUUAUAGUUCUGAUGGUUUAAUAUAAAUGUAGAACUGAGAGAGAAAAAAAAAUCUCUAAGAAAGCACUUGUUUUUGGAAAAAGUAUACUAGGUUAAGUUUUUGUGUCCCUCAUCCUUAAUCCCUAGCCUGCUUUUGCCUUGGCUUUAGGCCAUUCAUUGGUUUUAUCUCAGCAGUCCUGAGCCAGAAUAAUCAGGCUCUUUUGGUUAAGCGGCACAUCUAGCAAAACCCAAACCUGUUUCUUUCAUCUUUAAAUGUUCAUUCUGCAGACAUACCAUAGGUUAUAUUUGUAAAAAAACAACCCCAAAAAACAAUAACUUAUUUUUGGUGGUGCACCCCCCCCCCCAACUUCCCAAGAAUCAACAGAGGAGGAAAGAGGAGUAUGUGAAAUUUUCAAUUUGUGGCAGUUAAGUGGGAAACCAGCUUGAUUUUGCAGGGUCUCAGAAAACAUACUUGCAUACCCUGAACAGCUGCUGCUUCUGGCUUAUACCACCAGUGGAGUGGCAAAGUUAGAACUGAUAACUAGGGAAGGGGGUAGGGGGAAGAUGGCUCUGUGAUUAGGUCUCAAAGAAAUGUGGUGAGGAACUCUGCAUGAAUAAAGUAGGUGCUUUGUAAGGAUUCAUUAAGAGCUAAAUUUAUUUCACUUCAGUUUACAGUGCUGCCUCUCUCCUAGAUUUGAAACUAAUGCAAUAAAAUGUACAGAUAA